AUGUGGUUAGAAGAAUGCGAUAGUUUCGCAGAACUAUGUCGGGGAUAUCUGCCGUAUUAUUUACUAAUAAUUUUACCGAUUUUUAUUAUUAUUUCUCCGGUUAACCCAGUUGCCGCAUCGCAUGAGUUCCCUGUGUAUCGAAUGCACCAGUAUGACUUGCAUGGUGUACCUCAUGGUUGCCGUAGUGCUCCUAUUUCCCUGGAAGCUAGAUCUCUUACAGGGUGGAGCACUUCCAGACAUUGUGUAGUUACAAAAGCUUUGAAUCUCACACCAAGUCUGUUUCACUCGAUCAAGCACAAAGCUGGAGCAUUGAUAGUAGUUUUGCCACAGAAAAUUACAGACUUGACUUUGGAGGAGAAACAGCAUAUUAUGAGUCUGGAGGAGUCCAUGCUGUUUGGCCCAGAAACAACAAUUCCUGUAUAUUUCACUUCAUGGCAUCCUGAUCUACAGAUAAUAUUAGACGACCUUUCAAAUGGGUUUGUUACCGAUGAAAAGGCUGGUUCUGCAGCUGAAGCAAUGUUUAAUUCCAUAUCUGCCAGUGGCUAUCAAGUAGUUGUAGCAACUGGACAAGCACUUGCUAAAACAGAUGUGAAAGUAGCUACAUUGCAUGGAAAAUUAACUGGCACUGGGGCUGAGGAAAAGUUACCAACUAUAGCCUUGGUAACACAUUAUGACAGUGCUGGGGUUGCACCCGAGUUGUCUUUUGGAGCAGACAGCAAUGCAUCUGGAGUGGCUAUGUUAUUGGAAAUAGCACGAUUGUUUUCUACUUUAUAUUCUACUAGUAGGUCAAGACCACAGUAUAAUCUUGUCUUCAUUGUAACUGGUGCUGGUAAACUUAAUUAUCAAGGCAGCAAAAAAUGGCUGGAGGAUCAGUUAGAUGGUCUUGAAGGCUCUGUGAUACUUUGUUGUUAGGAUGCAGCUUAUGUGAUCUGUUUAGACACAGUAUCCACUAGCCACAAUCUUUACGUGCACGUCUCGAAACCACCGAAAGAAAAUUCUACGGGUGCUCUCUUUUUGACAGAACUUAAAAUAGUGACUGAAUCUUCGAAUAUUACCACUGUUGAAGGCGUGCACAAAAAGAUAAAUCUAGCUGAAGAAACGUUGGCGUGGGAGCAUGAAAGAUACAGCAUUCGUAGAUUACCAGCAACGACUUUGUCCACUUUGAAAAGUCACGAAGAUCCGAUUAGAACGACAAUUUUAGACACAGUGCAAACAGGACAAAUAGAUAGAUUAUAUAAACAUACUCAAGUAGUAGCAGAAGCAUUAGCAAGACAUAUAUAUAAUUUGAGUUCUAGUCAAAUUUUUACCGAUCCACUAGAUGUUUCUAAAGAAUCAUUAUCUUUAUGGUUUAGUUACUUAGCAUCACAACCAAGAGCUGCUCCAUUAUUAGCAGACAAAAAUAACAUGUUAGUUGGCACACUGAAAGAAGCAAUGGCCAGAUAUCUUGGAGAUGUAAAAAUUACUUUGCAUAGUCCUGAUAAACAAGAUCCAGAAUUUGUAUUUUACGAUGUCACAAAAGCAAUGCUAAAUGUGUACAGCGUAAAACCAGCUGUAUUUGAUCUCUUUCUUACAAUCGCCAUCAUUUUAUAUUUGGGAGUCAUUUAUAUGAUCGUGCACAAUUUCUCUCGCGCGUAUUCUUUAGCGACACGCUUCUCGGUGAAGAAUAAAACGUCGUGA